AACCUAGCGGCCACAUUCGUUUGCGCGCAUGUAUUACCAAAUAUUUAGACGCUAACGUUUUAAACGAUCGGGCUUUUAUUGGCACUCAGUAAUACAUAAAAUCGCCUACAUUUAAACGUAUAAAUUAACCUCUAAGCAGCGCCAAUGACACCCCGAUUUCCUUUUCGAUGACUACAGUGUGGCUUGUGUGGUCAGCAACGUCUAACUCCAUCUUAUUAAAUACUAAGAAGCACCUCCAAUAGCCGUAACCAGAGACUUUGGAUUCACCCCCUUUCAGCAGAUUGUACGGCCUCAGCGGUUUCCUCAACCAUGUCGGAGGACCCGAGCUCACAACCCUGGUCUAUCAACAAAGAUGAUUAUGAGCUACACGAGGUGAUUGGGAGUGGAGCCACAGCAGUGGUUCAAGCAGCCUACUGUAUACCACGCAAGGAGAAGGUGGCCAUCAAACGCAUCAAUCUAGAGAAGUGCCAAACCAGCAUGGAUGAACUUCUGAAAGAGAUUCAGGCCAUGAGCCAGUGCCAUCACCCCAACAUCGUGUCUUACUACACCUCGUUUGUGGUAAAGGACGAGCUGUGGCUGGUCAUGAAGCUACUCAGUGGUGGCUCAGUGCUGGACGUGAUCAAACAUAUCAUCUCGCGAGGCGAACACAAGACAGGUGUCCUGGAUGAGUCGAGCAUAGCCACAGUGUUGAAAGAUGUGCUUGAAGGCCUGGAGUAUCUACACAAGAAUGGGCAGAUCCACAGAGAUCUCAAGGCUGGAAACAUUCUCCUCGGUGACGAUGGUUCAGUUCAAAUUGCAGACUUUGGCGUCAGUGCCUUUCUAGCCACAGGUGGUGACAUCACUCGAAAUAAAGUGCGCAAGACGUUUGUGGGAACACCAUGCUGGAUGGCUCCAGAGGUCAUGGAGCAGGUGAAGGGUUAUGAUUUUAAAGCAGACAUUUGGAGUUUUGGGAUCACAGCCAUCGAGCUUGCCACAGGGGCUGCACCUUAUCACAAAUACCCGCCAAUGAAGGUCUUGAUGCUGACACUGCAGAAUGACCCUCCAACCCUGGAGACUGGCAUCACUGACAAAGAGAUGGUAAAGAAGUAUGGCAAAUCCUUCAGGAAGAUGACCUCUUUGUGUUUACAGAAGGACCCAGAAAAAAGGCCAACAUCCUCAGAGCUGUUGAAGCACAAAUUCUUUCAGAAAGCAAAGACCCAUGAAUAUUUACAUGAGAAGUUACUUCAGAGGGCGCCCACAAUAACAGAGAGGUCAAAAAAGGUGCGUCGAGUGCCGGGUUCCAGCGGCCGGCUGCAUAAAACAGAGGAUGGCGAGUGGGAAUGGAGUGAUGAUGAGCUGGAUGAAGAAAGUGAAGAGGGCAAAGCAGCUGUUGCUUCCUUAAGGUCACCAAGAGUGAAGGAGGGGUCUCAGAACUCAGAGGUUUUUCCAACUCCCGAGCCCUUAAGUAGUCACCUCCAGUCGACGGCCGCAGGUCAGGCAGACCUACCUCAAGCUGCAGGCCAGGUUCCACUGCAGCCCACACCAGUCAGCGCUCAGUCCUCUGACCAGGCAUCUUCCACACCAGGAAUACCCGCUGCUGCUGUUCCCACACAGGUUCCAGCUGCAACAGGGGAUGCUAAGGCUCCCAUUAGUUUGGUAUUGAGGCUAAGAAAUUCUAAAAAGGAGUUAAAUGACAUCCGCUUUGAAUUUAUGCCAGGAAGAGACACAGCAGAUGGUGUGUCCCAGGAGCUGGUGUCAGCAGGCCUGGUUGAUGGGAGAGACUUGGUAAUAGUUGCUGCAAAUUUGCAGAAAAUAGUUGAUGAACCUCAAGCCAAUAAAAAUAUCACUUUCAAACUGGCUUCUGGGAUUGAGGGAUCUGAAAUACCAGAUGACGUCAAACUGAUGGGCUUUGCUCAGCUCAGCAUUAGUUAAGCUGCUGUUCUACCUGGGACCGUGACCUGCCUAAAAAUGUGAAAGAAAAAAGUUAAAUUCAUUAUUUUCAUUCUAUGGCUGUAAAGAAACCACUACUGCCAAAGAAAACGGUACGUUUGUCACCCAUAGGAUUUAUACAGCACUGCUUAGUUGUAUUAGGAGGUCGGCUGAAGUAUCAGAACGUACAGUAAAGGAAUCACUCAAAAAUGUUUACAGUGUAUAUGUAGAAGGAUGCAAGUGUCAACAGUUUCCAUUUCCUGUUCUAGCCUCCCUCUGUUAAUUUUGUCUCUCUAACACAUGAUGAAUUUGCACAAUCUAAGCGAAUGCCCGUGAAUUCUAAUACAGUGUAACAAUGCCUUAUAAUCAUUAAAACUACUGAAUGCAUGUUUGGGGGGGGAGUCUCCAGGAACCAUUUGGAAAAUUAUAUUGUGUGAAAUGUACAAAUGUGGUUUCAGUUGCUAAUGUCAAAACUGUUACUUUAUUUUGAAAGGGGCAACUUACUAAGCCAACUUGAAUUUAUACACGUUUUAUACACAGCCCAAAAUAAUUUCUCACCGAAAAAUACUGAUGCAAUGUGACACAAAUGCAAUGCCAAAAUAUUCCCAACUAUAACAGUUAUUAAAAUGUAAGGAUAGUUGUUUUUUUGUUGUAUUUUUCAUGAACAAAUCUAAUAAAAAGACCAAAAACCAAGAAAGUGUGCAUUCCUCAAUACGUUCUUAAGCCUUUUUUUUUUCUUAAGAAAAAUAAGUCACAAAUACAGUUUUAUUUUUAGAACUGGCAAAAGAAAAAUCCCAAAACAUUUAGGAUCUGUAGUUAUUAUCAAAUGUUACUCAAGCAGAAGUAAAUGAGCAUCUGUUGGGGGCUGUUAUCAGCUGUACACAUUUAAUGCCGAGACAGCAGACAGUGUAUCUGGAAUUGACUACAGCGCCCAUGUUCAAUCACACCAUGUCAGCCAGUGUAAUGGUGUAGCUCAUUAAUGUGGUUCAAUAGUUUUUAGAUAACAAUGGAAGUCUGCGGCACAGCGGUAAAAACUACUACAGUGUAUACCAGCCUUUCACUAUACAGACACUACUUGAAAGAUCAAUAAACUCAAGAUCAGUUUCUUGUCUGGUUUGUUAUAGAUUUGGAAUAUAAAUUUCAGCUAACUGAUCCAAUAAUAAAUGUUUGGAAACAGUAGAACAUGCUAAUGCUCACUUGUUUUUAUUUUUAGGCUACAUGAGCUAGUGUUUCUUUUUAGGGGACAGUAGUAGAAUUGCAUUGAAAGUUGCCUUGUUCUUAAAAUUGGUUGUCAUCUUGAUUUGAUUGUAUGUCUAAAUGGUUGAAGUUAAAGGUUUGGCAGAAGCUGUAACCACACUUGUAUGUGUCUGCCUGUUGGUAUCAGUGUGUCUGUUGAUGAAGAAUAAGUACUUGAUUUAGCCUUUAAUGUGUAAAUAACAUUUGGCUUUUGUUUGUUUUGUUUUUUUGUACUGGGUGUUUCAAACUCAGUCUUUUUUUCUGUCUCGUGACACGACUGUGAGUAACACUGUGUGAAGGAAGACAACACUGCAAAUCUGGCUUUGAAUCCCAUUGUUUUGCAGGACAUAUUGUCACUUACUGUAUGUGUGAAGCUUUAUUGUAUGUAUUUACUCAAAAAAUGUCCACUUUUCACUUUUUGCCUUUAAAAGUUGGAAUUCUGUCAAGUAGCCACAGCUGUCCUGAUGCUCUGCUUAAUGUCUGCCCACCUUAAAUUUCCCCAGGUGUUGGACACAGCAAAAUUCUCUCUAGCUCUUAAUAAAUACCAAAAGGAAUAGUUGUACAUUAUCAACGUAGUUAUUUUAACCCUGAAAUUAUGCAGCUGUUUUAGUUACUUGUUAAUUAAACAUUAUUAUUGAAAGACCAGAAAUGUAUUUUGCAUUUGGAUGAAAAACGCCACAGCAGAUGUUGCAUCCUUUCAACCAUACGCUGGAUGUAUUUUUUUUUUUUGUUUGUUUUAUCAUUAUUAUUUUUGAAUUAAUGACAUGGUUUAAUGAUGAAUGUGCAUCUCGCAGUUAUUUGCACCAACAGUAGUGAGAGGUUUGGGGUUUCACUGGUUUUAUUUUGGUGAUGUGAUAAUAACAUAACUCUCCAGAUGCCAUAUUGAAUGAAAUUCUGCAAUUUCUUGCUUGCAGAUGGAAUCUUUGUAUUUUGACUUUAAUUGUAAAAUGUUGUGCUAGCCUUAAAUUGAAAAUGACCAAGUGUAUUUUUUCUUUUGACAUCACGUCAAGGUUUUGACUCUGUGUGUGCUGCAGAUUGAGCUUUGCUUCUAGUAGAGUUGAAGAUCUGAUGCCUUUGUUCUCAUUUUUUUUCUCCAACAGUCUCUUUUGUCCUGCUUACAUGUAGUUUAACAAAGCUCUAGCAACUGAACAGACCGGCAGAAACACAGGCAAUAACUCACUCAAGGCUGUAACUGAAUUUUCCACCUGUUUUCAAUUUUUUCAUAUUUUAUUUGCUCUCUUUUUGAUCGUUUUGGAGUUCAAAGCAUGGUUGUUUA